UCUUACGACUGAUCUUUCAAGUUUGCGACAGAUACUAUUUGGUGGUGGUAAAGUAUCUUCAGGCUUAGUAACUGAAACAUAUCGUUACUAUCCAAAUGCUAAGAUCACAUCAUGGUAUGGUUUGACUGAAAUAGGAAUGAUUUUUCUAUGGGUUCUGAAUAAAAAUGGCAAAUAUAGUGCUGGAGUGUUGUGUGAUGGUUUGACCAUGAAAAUAGUCGAUGAUAAUGGAAAUCGAUGGUGAAACAUGCACUAGGACGAAGUAUAAAUUAAUUGAAUAUUUGAGUGAUCCAAAGGCAACUGCAGCAGCUGUUGACAAUGAAGGCUUCUUUUUGACUGGAGACAUUGGCCAUUUCGAUCAAAAUGGAACAUUACACAUAACCGAUCGCAAGAAAGAUGUUUUUAAAAUAUUUCAUUUCGAAGCUCCUUUUGCACCAUCUGAAAUGGAGAGUUAUCUUAUCACAUUGCCAGACAUUCAGGAAGUUUGCAUUGUUGGAAUUACGACUGGUAUUGAUGAAGAGUUACCAGCCGCUGUUAUCGUGCGAAAUUCAAAUUCAUCUUUAAGUGAACGAGAUUUCUUUGAAUUAGUGAAAUUCAUUUCAAUUUUAAUGUAGAUCACUUUCCAAAACGGAUGUGGCUUCGCGGUGGAGUCUACUUUGUUGAUUCGUUACCGAAAACUCCAUCUGGAAAAAUCAUUCGACCAAAAGUAGCCGAAUUGGCCACGGAAAUAUUCCAUAAAAGAGGAAUCAAUGAUCCUGAUAAUCAAUCAUAUAUUGCAGACAUUCCGGAAGAAUAUCACAAACCUAUUGCUCGAAAUAGCGAUUGAAAGCAAGACCUUUUACUUGGAGUUCUUCAAAACAACAUUUAUU